GAAUACUCUACCUCCAAAGCUACGAGUUCACAUUGAAAUCCAGUGUCUCUGCAACUAAGAGAAGAUCUGAAUACGGACGAGGUGAGUUCGAAGCAGCGGCAAUGGAUGCUUUCAGGAAACAAGCCAGUAAACUCAGAGAGCAAGUCGCCAAGCAGCAGCAGGCUGUGAUAAAGCAGUUCGGUGGCAGCGGCUAUGAAAGUUCGGAGGUUAUGGUUAUUGAUGAGGUUGAGUUGCAGAUGCAUCACCAAUUGGAGAAAUUGUACAGAUCCACUCGAUCCGGAAGGGAGUUUCAGAAAGAAGUUGUCAAAGCAGCUGAGGCUUUCACUGCUGUGGGUUAUAAACAUAUAGAAGCUGGCACCAAGUUGUCUGAAGAUUGUUCCAGAUACGGUGCAGAGAAUACUUAUGAUGAGGUUCUUGCGAAGGCUGCAUCUGUAUAUGGGGAAGCCCGAAAACAUGUGGAGAAGGAGCAGGAUGAUUUCAACAGAUUAUUGUUUACGCAGGUCUUAGAACCAUUGAGAGCAAUGAUUACCGGUACUCCCCUGGAAGAUGCUAGACACCUUGCUCAACGAUAUAGUAAAAUGAGACAAGAAGCUGAGGCACAGGCAGCUGAAGUUGGUAGGCGCCAAGCACGUGUAAGGGAAUCACCUAUUCCUGAAAAUGUGGCAAAGCUGCAUGCUGCAGAAACUAGAAUGCAGGAACUCAAAGCAAAUAUGGCAGUACUUGGUAAAGAAGCAGCAGCUGCAUUAUCAGCUGUAGAAGCGCAGCAACAGAGGCUUACCUUUCAGAGACUUAUAGCAAUGGUCGAAGGUGAAAGGACAUAUCAUGAACGUGUUGCUACAAUUCUUGGAAAUAUUGAAACUGAGGUUGUUUCAGAGAAACAGAGGAAAGAGGCGGCUCCACCUGUGACUCCUCUCGUUCACGCUUCAGAUAAAACAAAGUACUUUCUGGCUGAGGCAAUUGUUGCUUUUGAUGCUGAAACAGAUAAGGAACUGAGCCUAGCAGUGGGAGAUUUUGUUGUUGUUCGGAAGGUGAAUCCAUCCGGGUGGUCAGAAGGCGAAUGCAAAGGCAGAGCAGGAUGGUUUCCAUCGAAGUAUGUGGAGAAGCGCCAAAGAGUUCCAACGAAUUAUACAGCAGCUGAAGUUUAUUAAUUGGCCAAAAAAUUUAUUUCAUUUGUGUGCGUUGGUUUAAUCCCUUGAUCGGUCGGGGAUGCUCGAGUAGAUACAGUUCUGCUGUGUAAUAUUAUUCUUGCUGUUAUGCUAUUAUUUGUUUUUCGGUGUACUUUUAAGUUAAUUUUCACUCGAAUCUUUGCUUCAGGAUUGUUAUCAAUGUUGACAUCUUUUGCAA